AGUACAUUGCUACGCUUCGUACAGUGCGCGCGUUUCUAUUGUGUCUAAGUACCCGUUCUAUAUUCUCGGUUCUCUUUUGUUUUCCUAAAUGGCUAAAUUCGUUGACAGUGAUUUCCUUUCCCCCAACUAGUUCCGUUUGUGUUCGUUUUUAAUUUUAAAGACUUUACAAAGCUGAUACGCGCCUGUGCUGCAGGUUUUCAACAAUUCUCGCUGACAGUCGUAUACAUGCAUUUAUUUUUGAGCGAAUUGCUGCAAAAGAUGACCAUUACUCUACUUUUCCGCAUAAACCCGAUCUAUUACUCAGAUUACUCGGAUACGAUCUAAGAUUGUAUGUAAAGUCGUUCUCCAGAUAUUUCUGCUAUUGGCUUUACAAUUUCGAUAACUACAAGUUUGGUGUCUACUCCAAAGAUAUUACCUGACAUCGUUUAUAAACCAAUAUGGAUAUUGUGGCUAAUUACCAUCCGGUGUUCAAGGCGUUCCUGGCCGGUUCCUUCUCCGGGACCUUCAGCACCGUGCUGCUUCAGCCCCUGGACCUGGUGAAGACCCGGCUGCAGAACCCUGGGCAGCUGGUGGCGGCUAACGUCAAUGGCCGCAUCCAACCCGGCAUGAUAACAAUUUUCGCCAACAUCGUCCGCCAAGAGCACAUCAUCGGACUAUGGCGUGGCAUGGUGCCUUCGGUCGCCCGCUGCGUCCCUGGCGUGGGCUUAUACUUCUCAUCCCUCCACUGGCUGAAAGCUAAAAUGGGGAAGACUAGGAAUCAAGAUCUGGGGGCGUUGGAAGCAGUGGCGCUGGGUGUUGUUGCGCGGAGUAUGAGCGGUGUAGCGCUGAUACCUAUCACUGUGAUUAAGACUAGAUACGAAUCAGGCGUCUACAAAUACACCAGCCUAACCGGAGCCCUGAAGGCAGUAUACAAGGCGGAAGGCCUGCGGGGCCUGUCUUGCGGCCUCGGGCCCACGCUGGCAAGGGACGCUCCGUUCUCAGGGCUUUAUCUCAUGUUCUACACACAGGCUAAACAGGCUGUGCCUAAAGAAUGGAUGCAGUCUCCAACCGCCGCCAGUGCCAUACACUUCACAUGCGGCGUCGCAGCGGGCAUAGCGGCGUCACUCGUCACCAACCCCGCCGAUGUACUCAAAACCAAGAUGCAACUGUACCCUGACAAGUUCCCUAACGCCUUCACCGCUGCUCUAUACGUACAUCAGACAUACGGCAUCAAAGGCUACUUCAAAGGUGCAGUGCCCAGAAUGCUCCGUCGCACUCUAACCGCCGCGAUGGCCUGGACAGUAUUUGAAGAGAUCACGAGGUCUAUAGGCCUCAAAUGAUACCCUAGUAUCGGUCCUGAGUUGAAUCUAUACGGACCUUAAUCUUUUGAAUGCCAUGCGCCAAAAUUAACCUUGGUUGAUUUUUGUUGGGAGCUGAUUGGUAAAAUGAGAAUGGAAUUGUGCGAAAUGUAUUCAGAUAUAUAGUGGUCAGAAAUACACGGUAGAAUAUUAUUGCUCAAUGGAGUUAUCCUUAUAAUUUUGUUUACAUGUACUCGUUUCAAAUGUAACCUAAAUAGUUUUAAUGAUUGUAUACCCUGUAAGUAUAUCCAAAGAUAUUUAUAACGAAAAUAAUUAAAGUCUAAGAAAAAACAUACCUACUUGGGAACCAUAAAAAAAAUUUUUGGCGCCACGCUUUUGGUUAAUACUCAGUUAGAUGGCGCUAAUCUUAAUAGGUAUUCAACUAUUUUAACACGUCAGGUUAAAUUGUCAAGACUAAAUGUUUUAUUAACCCUGUGCCGGGAGAUUGCAGUUGUACAAAUUCUACUUUGAGAAACAUCCUAUAAUUCUUCAUACUCUUUGGAAUUUUAUAGGCCAUGGGCGUUCAGAGGGUUAAGCGCACAUAUUGGCAGAAAUCGCUGCUCAUACACACAAUGUGAUUUUCGGGUGAUAUGUUCCUGUUAUUCCUAUACAUAGAUCUAGGCUUAUGUAUAUACAUACUUCUUUCUUUCUUGUUACUUUUAAGAUCGGUUCAUGUAUAUGUAACCAGUUAUCCUUAACUAGCUGUCUCUUUCUGUUUUUUGUGAUAAAAAGUGACAGCUAGAUGCACUAAUUUUGUUGUGGAACUGAGUUUAGUCUUUGAUUUUAAUGUUAUCCAUCAGGAAAUGUGUGAUGUAGUGUAACUACGUAAACGUAUACCUAUAUUUUAUUAAUCGUUUUGAAAUGUUAUAUUUUUGAUGAUUAAAUAAAGCUUUGGGCACAA